ACUAAUGGAGCACUUUUGUACAGGUGCCUUACGACAGUCAAAGAGAUGGGGCUUAACUUCCGUUUUAGGUCAAGGUAUUGCACCAUCUCCGCAAGGGCUACCCGCCGAGCUGACCAUGUUGCCAACUUGCGCCCUUGCAUGUCAAUUUCUGGACCUAUUGAUCAAAGCCAAGCGAACUUGCAGCGUAGGGCGCCGACUGUGAGUUUGCAAUAUGGAGUCUACUGCUGCGCAUCCCGCAGAUUUCGGCCACGCAGCUUUUGAUCUUUCUCAACCCCCGAACGACAUAUUCUAGAAGAUCAAAGAAAUCUUCGCUUCAGUCUCUAUCGAUCAAGAUGGCCCAAGAUCUCGUUAGAGUCGCCAGCCUGAUUGAAGGCGUUGAGAUGCACGUACGCUCAAGUAACGACAAUGGUUCCGUCAGGCGCAACGUCGACAGUCUUGGCCUGGACCAGUCCCUCAUGGACAUCGAAAACGGCGUCGUCGGCUGGGAGGGCGAGAACGACCCCAAGUACCCUCCAAACUUUACUUCCACUCGCAAAUGGCUCAUCACCGCCCUCCUCUCUACUCUGGCCUUCAUGACGCCGUUUGCGUCGUCAAUCAUAGCACCUGCCAUCGGAUACAUUGCCGACGACUUUGGCGUCCCUGAUAUUACGAAGAGCGCCAUGCCCGUGAGCAUCUUUCUCCUUGGGUACGCCGUCGGGCCUCUCUUUCUAUCACCCCUGUCGGAGAUCUACGGCCGUAGAAUUGUCAUGAUGGCCUCUAAUCUCGUCUUUUGCCUCUUCCUUGCUGCCUGCGCGCUGUCCCCCUCGAUUGACCUCCUCAUAUUCUUCCGCUUCAUGUGUGGAGUUGGAGGUUCUGCCUCGCAGACCGUCGGAGGAGCCGUCAUCGCCGAUUUAUUCGCGGUUGCUGAGCGUGGAAACGCUAUGACUAUAUGGAUCCUAGGUCCGAUCCUGGGACCCUCGUUGGCGCCGCUAAUCGGCGGUUUCGUGGCUGAGUCGAUCGGUUGGCGAUGGGCUAAUUGGAUUACACUCAUUCCUGCUUUGGUGCUUCUGGUCGCCAUGGUGUUUGUGUACCCCGAAACUCAUCACGAGGUACUUAUUCAGCAGAAGACGAGGAGAUUGGCCAAGGCCCUUGAUCGGCCGGACCUGUGUAGCUGUUACGCAGAUGCGGCAGAAAGGGCUGCCAGCAGCACCGACAUCCUCCUAUCUGGGCUUGUUCGACCGCUCAAGUUGCUGUUCCGCUCGACAAUUAUCUUUGGAGUGUCCCUAUAUGUGGCUUUUGGCUACGGAUGCCUCUACCUGCUGUUCAACACAAUCCCUAUUGUUUUCCGCGGCAGUUACAAUUGCCUUCUCCCUCCUUUCGAAUAAGACGGUCAGUCAUAUGACUGCCGCAAACGGGGGCGUUUACGAGGCCGAGAUGCGGCUUUAUUUCUGCAUUUACUUUGCCGUUCUUCUUCCAAUCUCGUUCUUCUGGUACGGCUGGAGUAGCGACCAAGCUGUCCACUGGGCUGUGCCAAUUCUGGGACUCGCUCUCUUUGGGAUAGGCUUCGAGGGCAUUUGGCUACCUACUCAGCUCUACAUUGUUGAUGGGUACUCUCGCUAUGCCGCCAGUGCCCUUGCUGCCUUUUCUGUGAUGAGGAGUGUAGUUGCCGCAUUCCUCCCUCUGGCUGGGCCGGCAAUGUAUGAGAGGCUGGGUGUUGGCUGGGGCAACUCCGUCUUGGGUUACAUAUCUUUAGCCAUGGUUCCUAUCCCGGCGCUGAUAUACAAAUUUGGAGGGAGGAUGAGAAAGAAUGAGAAGCUCAGGCUUUGAGUGACUGCACAUGCGAGCAUGGGGCGGAUUAGUCAGGGCAGCAGUGAUCAAUCGAACAGUGUGGCCCC